AUGGGACUUUUCCAAUCCAAGAAGAAACCCACUGGCAGGCCAGUACAGGUACUCGAGUUCAAGAAUACGAUAAUUAUCCUGAUCUUGGGUGCCACCGGGACGGGCAAAAGCACGUUUGCCAACCUUAUUUUGGGAGACGGGCGCAAGAACGAGCACGUACCUGUUAGUCAAUCCAGCCUCGACUCUUGUACCAAGGAUCUGCACCUCGUGAAACUGGAGCUCCCGGUCGAAUACAACCGCCUUCACAACGCGGGUCUGAAUACGAUUGUACUGGUGGAUACCCCUGGUUUUGACAACGCGGACGAAUCCCUCACGGACAACAAGAUAAUGGGUCUGAUCUCAGCCAUGUUGGAAAAGUCUAGGAGGCUUCAAGUUGGCCGCCCCGCCCCUCUUAGAGCUGGGGUUAUUUGGGUUUGCGAUAUCUUUAGUCCACGAGGCGUAGAAGAAGAGAAGAAAAGCAUUGGUCUCCUCACUGGAAGGCAGACCACUGGAUGGGGAGCGGAUGUCAGCGAGCGAAUGGUCUUCACAACAACCAAGUGGGAGAAGCUAAAGGUCCAGUCUGACGGUUGCACAGCCCAAACGGAUCUCGAUAAUGGGCUCAAGGAGACAGUUGGCGGACGUCCGUGGGUACGUUUGAACCCCGCUGACCAUGAAGCGGCAUGGGAAGUCGUUCAUACCAUUCUCGACGACCUCGACAAAUCUCUGGAGUGA